AUGCGAGCUCAGAAUGUAGUGCAGUCGGAGUACCGAGCCCAGAACUGCAGGUCCGCCAGUGCCUGCACAAGCACAGCAGACGGGGGGAGAGAGCAGGUGCCACUGGCACCAGCAAGUGCGCCAGCGGCUGGCACCCCUUCUGCAGCUCUCUUGCAAGCCUUUCAUCCGGCAACUCUAAAAGCAAUCAGCAGGGGUGAUUUCGUGGUGGAUCCAAAGCUCCUGUCACUUGACUCUUUGGCCUCCAAAUGCGCACUUUGCAAGCAGAGUCUUAUAAGGCCCAAUGCCAAUGGCUGCGAGCUAGACUUUCGAAAAGGUCAGGAGCUCAAGGGUUUUGCAGUGUCCGAUCCGAGCUCAAGAGUGAAAGGUCAGAGGAAGGAGCAGCCCGUGUGUUUGGAGUGCGUGAAGAACCUCAUUGGACCCGUUUCUACCACCAGCACUGCAGCGACUGUUGUAAGAAGAGGUUGGGUGGGUCCAGCAGAGGUGUGGUUUGAGCGCACAGCAGUUGCGGAGCCAUGGCGCCAGGUGAAGGUGUUGCUGGGCGAGGACGUUGUCGCUCUGCAAGCCAAGGGGGAGGAGGCGCGGCUUGCAAUUGGUGGGCGCCGCGCAAGUACUGCAGCAGAAGCAGCACUGAACAGGGGCCGGAAAGUGGGAGAGGCGGCACGGAAGCCACUAGCAGCGAGUCCCCCUUGUGCUUCGUCAACGGACGCGCGCGAUGCAGAAGGCCGGCUGACAAUCGCCGCUCAAGCUGCCAAGUUCCUCGCGGGCAUCAAGGCUGGACAGUGCGUCUUCUACAGCAUCGGCGAGGAGGACUCCACCAGCUCUGUCUACCUGGCGACGACUUGGGACCACAACGCCGCCAGGCCCAAGCCCCUUGGCCGGCCCAGCAAGGCGCGCGCUCUCUUAGAGACAGUUUACUGGGACACCUCGGGGGCCGCAAGCUGCACCUGCGAUCGGGGGCGGCUAUUCUUUGGAGCGCCCUGCGUUCACAAGCUCGCGCUGCAGGCGCUGGAGGGGCCAAGGCAAGCGAGCCACAUCUCUCUGCAGAGGGGCGCCAGAGUGGUUGAGGCACCUUGCUCUAAACCUGGAGAGAGAGUCUUUGGUGUCUACUGGAACGCAGCGUCCCCCUCGCCGCACAGGACGAUGGUUCACUUUGGUGCCAGCGAGCAGUUCCCCUGGUACUGCGAGGGGAGGCAAAGCGGUUGCUCAAAGACAACUGACUGCAGCCACAUCCUAGAGGCGAAGAGAGCCUUGCAGCGCCCGGAUGGCAUUCACAGGGUGAGCGGGUGUCUCUUUUCGGAGGCGCAGCUCGAGCGGGCCCUUGUUUCCGUCUAUCGAGGGGAAGGUGAUGUGCAAGUUGAGGCAGGGGAGGCGGCAGCGCGUGGCGCCCAUGAGAGGUGCGCGGCUGGUGCACAAGGUCCGGCUGGAGACCAGGGCUCCCCCUCAGUGGAUGCUUCUGCAGAGCUAGAAGCGUAUCUCCUCGAGCUGGUCAUUGGCGGCCACCACGAGGCGACCUGCAAGGGGGAAAUCUGCUUCUGCAAGCAGCAUCCUAGGCUGUUUGGCGGCAUCGAUCUGGGCGGCGAGGCGUGUGCGUCUAGGUGCUGUAGCUCUGCGUCUGCAAGCGGGAAGCGGGCUCGGUCGGAGCAAGUGGACGGCGGGGAAGCUGGUGGGGCGAGGGGAGGGGUGAAGCGGAGGAGCAAGGCGUUCUGGGCGGCCAGAGAGCGCGACGCAGCAGAGCCGAUGGUGGCAGACGGUGCGCGCAGCUGCAAGGACUCAGAAGUCGAGGGCUGCAGUGGCGUCGGCGUGGGAAGGCGUGGCGAGGUCAUGGUCCCGGUGUGCACGAGCUGCGCUUGCCCUUCAAGGCCGUGCACCCAUGGCGCGUCAGGGCGCGUUGCGGUGGUGCUUCCCAUGGAGGCAGAGGCGGUCCAGGUCGAGAUCCCCAAGCUGGUGCGCCCGGUGGAUAGCUGGGAUGUCCACGACCCUGAGGUCACCCUGUUGCGCCAACCUGUGAAGGUCAGUGAGCUGGUAGCGCGGGACUUCGCGGAGCUCAGCACGAUGGAGUGCCUGUCAGCCCCUUGCCCCAGAGCGCCUCCCCGCUGCAAGACUAAAUGGAUCAGGCUCUGGCAAUCCGCGCACAUCUACUCCCUGCAGUGGUCGCAAGAGGUGAAGGUCCGCAUCUUCUGCUGCACCUGCCCCGAGAAACACACGGUUCACUUCAAUGGUGAAGCCCUCGGCCUCUUUGCCUGGACGAGAGCGGUCAUCGUCACUCAAGCCUCGUGCCAACUCCUGCUCCGAUCCAUUCAAGAGUCUGGCUCAGCUUCCAACGGCUUCAUCUCUGCCUGUGCGGAAGCCCGGCGGCAGUACAAACCAAGUGCGGUGCUCCUCUCGGAAGAGACCUGGCGCAAGGCGAGCCUGGGCUUCUUCAGGUUGUGCGGACGGUCCAUCCUGGAGUGUUGCAGCAUCUGUGGGCUGCAUCCAAAGGUACUUCUGUGCGACGGUCUCGCGGGCCUGGCUUGUGCCGAUGGGGGGCGGCAGAAGGGUGGGUUGUCAGGGACCAGCGCAGCAGCUGUGCGCCCGUUUACUGCGCCGAGCCAAGACUCUGCUGGCGUUAACGUGGAGAAGACCAUGGAAGCCGGGGUCAACUUCUGCGCUGCGUCUCUGGAGGGGCGGGGGAUGAAGCGGCGUCUUGUGAUCCAGCCUGAGCUGCGGACGCUGCUUGCGCGUUUCAGUGGGCAUCAUCCGAGAGAUCCUGAACUUGGGAAGUCCCUGGCUCCAAUCGAGUACCAAGAGCUCCUGGUUGCGCUCGAGCGGGCUGACGUCGAAGCAGUGAGCGACUUCGUGCCGGACCCAGAUGAUGCUGAUGCAGACCCCGUUCUUCUUCACUGGAGGCGGCGCAUCCUGAUGGAGCAGACCGGCCAGAUUCGCUCAAAGAACCAAUCCAUGUUCGAGCUCCUUGAUGGAAUCGAGAGGGAGGCGCUGCGUGAGAAUCCGCGCUGGCCCCCGCUCUGCCCCGGCAAGUGGUCGGAGCUCCUCUACGGGCUGGGCGCCCCUCUCUCCGUCUCGGACGACUCGAACCUCAUUCAGCACGGACGGGCGCUGGCCGUCGUGCGAAAGCUCCUCCUCGGUGGCGCUGCAACCGGCGAAGACAAAGCCACCUUGGCUGAGCAUGCGCCGGUUUUGCGGCGGCUGCUCGACCACUACGGCGACGUCUUCCCAGACUUCUUCAUGCCCGCUCUGCACCACCUCUAUCGCCUCACUCUAUUCGGUCGGGGGGCGUGCGGCCUGGGUGUGGAUCGAGCAGGGUGGGCGCUCUCGGCCAUCGAAGGGCUAGACCACUGCGUGAGCCUGGCCCGAGAUUUUCGCACGCAGGGAGUUCCUCCGAACGCUGAGCAGCGAGAAGUCUUCCGCUUCUGGGAGGCACGUGCCAACGACCUGCUGGCCGGAGUCGAAAGUCUGACCCCGCCAGCCCCGCAGCAGUACCCUCUGUCUCCGGCGGAGCUCCGGCUUCUGAACGGCAGAUUGGGGCUCGAGACCGACGGCUCUGAAGCCGAGGCUCUUCCUCCUGACCAUCCGUUCUGUAAAGAGCAACGAGAGCUAGGUUGCUAUCCCCUGCCGGGUUGGGAGCAGAAGCGGCCUCUUCCGCAGUACAGGCCGUUCGAGGACGAGCUUGGGAGGUCCGUUGACCGCCGGGAAGAACAUCGCUGCCGAAGCGGGCUCACAGUGGGCGAGUUCGACGCUGAGAUCGCUGCCAAGAGCAGCGUGAAGUCUGCCAAGCGUCUGCGACAGCACACCAAGGGAGGGUUUGUGUUCUGCUGCCCCCACCGGGUGAUCUACGGUUGGCACGUGAUGCUGCGGGGCGAGUCCCCUCGGGACCCGUUUACUGUGCUCUACACGCGGCUCACCGACGAAACCUUCCGGCGUUCCUGAUUUACGACAACGCCUGCAAGCUCCAGGCUUACUGCAUGAGACGAGAGCCCACGUUCUUUGCGGACGUGCGCUUUCUGGUGGACAGAUUUCACUUCCAACGAACUGAUGCUGAGGCUCACAAGUGUGGGCCAGGGUUUAAUCCGGAUUACUACGACGCCAUGCGCUGGGUCAACACGUCCGCCGUCGAGAGCUGCAACUCAUUCCUCGUAAAGUUCAAAGUCCUUGCAUGGUUUAGCGGCUUGAGUGCGUUCAUGGUUAUUCUAGCCAACGUCAUCAGCGGGCGGAAUGCGAGGCUAAGGAGAGUCGAUGACCCUAAGCUACGGAUAGCCGGAAGAGCAGACACCUGGACCCCGGCAGUGCGGGGCUGCCUCCUAAGUUAUUGACGUUGCUUGGCCAAGUGCCAUGGCCAGUUGGCCCAUUCUCUUCAAUCAAUCUUUGGCGC